AUGGCGAAGUCUAGCAGCAAUGCCACCGCGUCCUACAAGCAGUUUCGUAUCCUGAUUCCAAUAUGUUUCUUUCUGAUACUCUUCUCGAUAGAACACCAGACGACACGAACGUUGUUCAGCAUUGCUCGCCAAGGAAUGGAGAUUGGAGUGAUCUUGGAAGAGCCAGAAACAACACAGAAAAACACUACGUCCACCGCAAAAGCCCGCUCUAAUGAUACCGAAACGUCACAAACAAUCGAAUAUGCAAACACCAAGGACGAACUAUCGACACGCACGGAACCACCACCACCACCAGCAGCAGCAGCACCAGCAUCAGACGUCGAAUACGAAGAGCCCCUUCCAGUAUCGACGGUUGCCUAUGUCAUCACCAUUGCAUCCUGCACCUUUCGACUCAACAAAAUCGUUCUGGAUGCUGCUGCGGUACUCAAGAAAUCCAUAGAGCUGUCAUCGUACCCGACUCAUCCAACCGCUCGAUAUGCGGCCGAAUUCUUUGCCAUUGUCUCCACCGCAGAUGCACAAGGAUCAUGUGCUCAAAAAGUACAAUCGGUUGGCUUUCAACUACAAGUGCAUGAACUGCCGGUUAAAGGACCAGAGGAUAUUGCUAUCGUCGAAGGAGCCCUUCCUCCGGAACGCAUGAAAGGAGAUGGAUGCUGUGGACACAACGAACUGCUCAAGUUACAUGCAUUUUCCUUUACCAACCAUAGUGUUGUAGUGCAACUUGAUCUUGAUACCCUUCUGCUACGACCCAUGGAGGAACUUUUCGAUGUCAUGAUUCAUCCACCUCACACGCUUGCCGGAAAAUGGGCUCGGCGGUCUCUUGUCACGAGUGGAGCCAUUGCUCCGACCUACCAACCAGUCGUCCCAAUUACAGAAAUGACCUUUGAAGCCUUUUAUACCAAAGACUACAACAUGGUCCCUCAAGGACAAGAGGAUCGUAUAGGAGUGCAGGGUGGUGUCAUGAUUGUCCGACCCAACAUUACACGACGAGACGAAUUGAUUGCAAUGGCAAAAUCCGGAAACUUUUUUGGAGGACGCGGUGCUAGCAAGGAAAAGUCAGGGUGGUUCCGAUCGGGGUAUGGCUUGCACAUUUACGGAGCCAUGACCAUCCAAGGACUGCUGGCGUAUUACUACGACCUCGUCGCGCACGAGAAUGCUGUCGAGCUUCAUCGUUGCAAGUAUAAUCAAAUUGUGGACAAUCCGCGGCGGUCUUCCAUUCAUCACGUGUAUCCAAGGCGGACUUCGUUGGAUCCCAAUGCCACUGAGUACGAUACCACCUGUCGGGAUGGCCGGCUCGAUUGUGAGGACGUCCAGUGCCAGAUGUGGCCGGUCGUGGACACUCGCAUUGCCCAUUACACGUACUGCAAAAAGCCAUGGGAUUGCACGGAGAUUUCGGAAAAGCCAAUGUACAAGGGAGAAGCAACCUGUCAACGUCUCUUCCAAUCCUGGUUUGACGUCCGAAAGAUGGUGAAAGGAAAGGAAGAUGCCAAAGGAUCACACCAUCCUGACAUUUUCAAAGGAUUUUGUGACAAGAAGAACGAGUACAUUCAUCUCCAGCAGUAG